AUGGACAACGCUAGAAAAUUCCCCCCUCUUCGGCCAUGGAAGAAAGGCCCCACCAGAGGGAAGGGCGGCCCCCAGAACGCCUCCUGCGAGUACCGGGGGGUGCGGCAGCGGACGUGGGGCAAGUGGGUGGCCGAGAUCAGGGAGCCCAAGAAGCGCACCAGGCUCUGGCUCGGCUCCUUCGCCACCGCCGAGGAGGCCGCCAUGGCCUACGACGAGGCCGCCCGCCGCCUCUAUGGCCCGGAUGCCUACCUCAACCUCCCCCACCUCCGUUCCACCACCCUCAACUCUUCCACCACCAUCGGCGGCAAGUCCCCACACCGCUUCAAAUGGUUCCCUUCCAACAACUUCACCUCCAUGAUCCCCUCCUGCGGCCUUCUUAACCUCAACGCUCAACACAACGUCCAUGCCAUCCACCAAAAGCUCCAGGAGUUCAAGAACUCCAGACCACCUCCUUCCUCUUCCUUGUCUUCCUCCUCCUCUUCUUCAUGUCCUGGUUCUUUUCGGAGUUUGGAGCCACCGCCCACGGUGGAAACGCACUUGGAGAGCUCCAUUAACGUGGCAGUGGAAGGAGCGAGUUCCAUGGCGAUUGAGAAGGCGCCGGUCGGUGGAGCCGAGAAGCCUCAGAUUGAUCUCAAGGAGUUCCUUCAGCAACUGGGUGUGAUCAAAGAAGAGGAGAGUAAACCGGAGGGCGAUGAGGGUGCCGAGAGCUCGGUCGUGGCCGAGCCUACGCAAGACAGCGGUGGGGUGGCUUCGGAGAUGGUUGGUUUCGGGGAGGGUGACUUUAACUGGGACACUUUGGUGGAGAUGAGAGCUUUGGAGGAUCACUCGGUGGUUGGGGAUGGUGGGUUGCAGGUCGACGAUUUGCAUGAAGAGCUAAGCUUGCCGAUCUCUCUAUGGGAUCUCUGA